AAUCAUAGGGCACCUGAAUUACACCUGCCUCUAUCGCAGAGGGAUAUUUAUUAAGAGCAUUUGCUCAAUGUUACAAAUGAAUUACAGAAACUGUUGUGUAUUUACUUGUACAGGCAGCAUGUACUUGGUAUUACAAGGAUAAAUCUUAAAUUUAUAUUAUUUAAAUGUAUGAAACAAGGCAUAGGUGUGUGUGUUUAUGUUUUAGACUACAACUUCAGUGUUAACGUUCUUUAGUGUUUUGUCUUUUCUCCAAGUUCAGGUGUGUUUUGUGACUUUUGGAUUGAUUUUCUUCAAAUCUGUAGCAAUUUACAUGUCUUAUGUUUUUGUGUAAACUGUUGCUUAUAAAAAAUAACAACCAUCUACACUAACACCAAUUUUAUUCUGCAUGACCAGUAUUGAUUUAAACAGGGGUGUUUCAUACUGUUCUGUUAAAUCAUAAUCCACAAAGUUGGACAAAGCAAUCUUUUGUUAAAACAGGUCAGAUUUAAAACUGUUGCACAGCACUGUCUGUAAAUCACUGAAUUUCCUUUGACAUUAUGCAAAAGGGUUAGCCAAGAUGGUGGUCCAAUCAGUAUGGUUGUAAAUUUUUUGUGGCUUUGAAGUUGAUAGUUUAUAGUUGAACACACAUGAUGCUGCUAACUGUGUCUGGAUGUUAAUAGCAUAUUGUUUUUGCAGCUGAAUGUGCUCUGUUACAGUUGUAUUUGGUCCCGUCUUCUCAACUGUGCAGUCAGAGGGAACCUAUUACUUUCACCUUUUUUAUUCUGGAGCAACAUAGAUCUUUUUAUUUUGAAAUAAAAAGAAUGCUUUUAAGAUAGAGGACACCAGCAUAUAAACUGGUUCUGGGUAAUCGCUGCGAUCUCAUGCCCACCUGCUACUCUUUCAUAUACAAGAAAUCCCUAAAAUAUUUUGUAUGCAUGUACUUACGCAUCACAUAUCAGUGGUUCAUUUAAUUUGACUCUAAUAUUCAAGAUUUUAAAUUUUGGACUAUUUUCAUUGAUUCUCUUUCUGACCCAUAUUUGGGCCAGUUAAGUAUUGUGAAAUAUGUCACAUUAUGAUCCCUGAUCAAACCAAAAUAAAAUCGAAGGGGAAGAAAUUAGCCUAUUUAGUGAGGCCACAUAAUAGCAAACUCUGGGUAAAGAACGAUUACUUUAAAUCAUCUGUGGUCAAAGCAGGUAGAAAACAAGGAAGAUAAUUACAGAAAAACAGAUUGUUACAAAAAAACACCAGAAAUGUAAACAUAUAUAUGGGGCGAGAAUGAUGCAGAAAUGUAAAAUUACUGCUGUGAGGUGUUUAGUUAAAGGGAGAUCAUGUCUGUGUGACUUGGGAGUGUAGAUAAACACAUGAAUACGUCACUGAGUCAAAGCGCGGGAAGUCUAGUCUGUUUGCAAAGGGCGACGUUUUAAGAGGAAGCAGGUCAGCAGACGGGGCAGAUAGGAAGACGUAAAACUAUCAGCCACGUGUUACUACACGCACAAAGAAAAGAGAGAAACACGUUUCACACGAGACCUGCUUGCUGGAACAGGUGUUGGAGCUUAUUAUGAAUGAGAAGCCACCCAACAGUGCAAGCCGUUUUCUAAACGAGGACACAGAAAAACCAACGUUGCCGGACAAAGUUGAGCUCAGGAGGCGUUUUCGCAGAGCCAUGGAGAAGAGAGCAGGCAGCAUGAGGCAGAGGAUCGGCUCCAUCAGCAGGAAAAGCCUCAAAGGUUUCUUCAGGAGGAACCUGUUCGUUUUGUUCACAGUGGCCUCUGUGGCUCUGGGUGUAAUCCUAGGCUUUGCUCUACGACCCCAUAACCUGUCCAUGAGGGAGAUAAAAUACUUUUCCUUUCCUGGGGAGCUCCUGAUGAGGAUGCUGAAGAUGCUAGUGCUGCCGCUGAUUGUCUCCAGUCUGGUCACAGGUAUCUCCUCAUUGGACAGGAGAGCAUCGGGAAAGAUGGGUGUGCGUGCGGUGGUCUACUACAUGGUGACCACACUGAUCGCUGUGUUCAUCGGCAUUGUGAUCGUCAUGAUCAUCCGGCCGGGAAAAGGCAGCAGAGACAGUCCUGCGGUGAAAACUGGAAAUAUUGAAGCCAUUCAGGCCACUGAUGCUUUUCUGGACCUCAUCAGGAACAUGUUUCCCCCUAACCUGGUAGAAGCAUGCUUCAUUCAGCAUAAAACUGUGUACAAGAAGAUUGUUUAUACAAGAAACGUGACUCUGAACCUCACCGACUUGUUUAACAUAACAGACUCUCCUCUGAAUGAAAACCUCACUAGGGUGCAACACACCAUACAGGAGACAGUGGAGGAAACGGUUCCUGUGUCUGGUUCCUCGGCUGGAGUGAACGCUCUGGGUUUGGUCGUCUUCUCCAUGUGCUUUGGUCUGGUCAUUGGUAAUAUGAAAGAACAGGGACACGCUCUUAAAGAGUUCUUUGACUGCUUAAACGAGGCCAUAAUGAGGCUGGUAGCCGUCAUCAUUUGGUACGCACCAGUUGGAAUCCUGUUUCUGAUUGCUGGAAAAAUAGUGGAGAUGAAGGAUCUAGCAGAAGUGGGUGGUCAGUUGGGGAUGUACACAGUAUCUGUCAUUGUGGGUCUUCUAAUCCACGGACUCUUCGUCCUGCCACUUCUCUACUUUCUGGUUACCAGAAGGAAUCCCUACAGUUUCAUCGGCGGCCUGCUGCAGGCCCUUAUCACCGCUUUAGGGACAUCGUCUAGUUCUGCUACUCUGCCCAUCACUUUCCGAUGUCUUGAAGAAAACAACCAUGUUGAUAAACGAGUGACUCGCUUUGUCCUUCCUGUGGGCGCUACCAUCAACAUGGAUGGGACCGCGCUCUAUGAGGCUGUGGCAGCCAUCUUUAUCGCUCAAGUCAAUGACAUGGAGCUGAACUUUGGGCAGAUUCUCACCAUCAGUAUCACAGCAACGGCUGCCAGCAUCGGAGCAGCAGGCAUCCCUCAGGCUGGCCUGGUGACCAUGGUGAUCGUAUUGACAUCGGUGGGACUGCCCACAGAGGACAUUACACUGAUCAUCGCCGUGGAUUGGUUCUUAGAUCGUUUGCGCACCACCACCAACGUGCUGGGCGACUCGCUCGGCGCCGGCAUCGUGGAAUAUCUCUCCCGUGAAGAACUGCAGAAUCAAGAUGCUGACCUGCGAAACUCUGUGAUUGAGGAGAAUGAGAAGCCAUACCAGCUCAUCUGCCAGGACAAUGACACACUGAACCACCUCAAUAAUGAGACCACAAUGUGAGGAAAUUAGUUUUCAUCUGAAAGGACUUAACAGAUCAAUAACAUUUCAUCAAGAAAGUGAGGAUCAUUGAGAUAGAGGACUUUCUUAAACACCUUAAAUUGAAAUUGGUUAAAUAAACUCCAUUUUCUGCAACAAAUGAGGCAUUCUUAAAGGGAGGGAGUAUUAUGUAAAAUCAACUUUUUGAACUUUAUAGCAUAUUAUAAUGUUAUUCCCUCAUCUAAAACAUAUCCGGAGAGUUGCUUCGAUUCUUUCAUGCAUGUUUGAGCAAUCAUUCAAUCUCCUGUGGCCAUCAUUCGGGUUGCCUAAACUCUAGCUCCCACAAUGCACCAACUAUUUCCACAAAGCUCCUCCCUAGAGCAGCAGUCCCAAAGUCAAACUUCUGCCUUACAGAGCACUAAUCAGUCACAACUCCCCCACUCAACUCCUUCAGACUAGUGGCAGCGACAAUUAGGAAUUGCCGAGCUCUGCUGAGCUCAUCAUACGAACAGCUUCCAAGCUCCAGCGUUGGUAAAGUAUUAUGGAGAAGCAUCGUUAUGAUGAUGUGCUGAGGGCGAAGUGUCAGAGAGAGCAGGAGCUUCUUAAAGAGACAGAGGCCCAGUUUCAGGGCAUCAAAUUGUAAAAUCAAAUUUUUUUUGUUAUAUUUUAUAAAUACAGCAUUUUCAUAACAACUAAAGGUAACAUAGUAUCUUGGUUGUGGUAUAAAAUGUCACUAGGUACUUUGUAUCCUAGAACAUUAAUAUAAAAAUAAAUUUAGGCCACAUAAAGUUCAGAACCCUUCUCAUUUCCAAAGCUUUAUUUAUCCACUAUGAAAAUAUUUUGCUACAUUAAAUGUGUUGUUUUUUCCCCCAACUAGCAUUACAUCCUAGCCUCCAGUGAGGCCAUUUCUUUAACAGGACCAAUAUUUAAAACAAAUAUUAUUUCUUUUCUGAAUUCCCUCUUUUGUCAUUUUCAUCUUGACUCCCUCUCUUUGGGAGUUUUACAAGGUUUCACAAGGUUUCACAAACCACCAGAAAAAGACUCAAGCUCAUCAGUCUGUAAAUAAAAAUUACUGAAGUUUUUUUUUGUUAUGGGGUUAAAAAUUAUGUGAGCUUUCCUACUCAGUUUAAUUAAGUCUUUGGAUGUACUUUACUGCUUGAAAAGUGAAAUCAGGAAAAAUGAUUUAAGUGUAGUAACAUGGGGUAAAUGAUUUUACACACUGUGCUUUCUUAGAGGUGUUUAUUUGAUAUCAGAUAUUUAUUUGGUGCUAUUGCGACCCGGUAAUUUCAAAGAAUUAACUACAACGAUGCUAAAUGCUGUUAUUUUUUAUUUUUGUCUAUCCACAACACUGUGUGACUAAGAUUGUUUUCUUCUUGUAUUUUUAUUUAGAAUUGUACCAAGUAAGCCAGUAACUUAAGAUCGAUACAUCAAAACUGAAAAAUCUGAAUUGACUGUUCCUCUUAUUGGUUUGUGGACGAGUACUGUGAAAACAUAUUGUGAGAGUUUAAAUAUAAAUUAGCUUUUAAGUGUGGUGUGACUAGUGAUUGACAAGUGCUUUUAUUUAUCGGUUACUUGAAGGCUUUUCUGACUUUGUGCAAUGUUUGUUCAGAAAUAUGACUUAGUUCUGAUGCUUGAUGUUACCAAACAAAACUUUGUUUUAUAUGGAAAAGCAGCUACCUUUCUGCGGAGGUUGUAUGAAAAAUGUGAUGAAUAAAUGUCUCAGGAACUGAA